AUGCCUCUCCUUAAAUUGUUGAACCUAUCCAAGACUAGAAUCAAGUGCUUGCCCAAGUCAAUUUCAAAUCUUGAAAGACUAGAAACACUUAUUCUUCGUGAUUGCGAACCCCUAGUCAAGCUCCCCUCUGAAGUUGGAUCUCUUAAACUUCUUCAAGUACUUGAUCUUGGGGGCACGGAGAUCAUUAAAUUACCUGAAGAGAUUGCUGAGCUGGACUCUCUAAGCCACUUGGAAGUAUCCUUCUAUGGAUCUAGCACCAGCAGCGAGCAUGCUAAGCUACCACCUGGAUUGAUUUCCGGACUUGAAGCAUUGGAAACACUAAGCAUAAGCGUGUACCCAGGAGAUAAUUGGUGGAAUAAGAGUGUCGAAUCCUUCGUUAAGGAAAGGUCAUUUCUUGAGCUGUUCCACGGAGAAAAUGCAUCCUGGAAGGAAGAAAGCUUUACAGAGUUCAAAUUUGUUGUUGGCGCAGACAUCAAGUUUAAUGCAUCACGAGACCCACAGUACGUAGAGCUGAAUUAUGGUCUAAUAUCGGGUCAAUGCUUGAGAUUUGUCAACAGUGAGAGGAUACCUGACGCAAUUGUUAAUGUGUUAGCUCGAUGUACUGCUUUUUAUUUAGAUCAUCAUCUUGACGUCCACAGGCUGUCUGAGUUUGGGAUUGGCAACAUUAAGAAGUUGAAAUAUUGUAUAAUAAGUGAAUGUCCCGACCUUGAAACUAUUGUGGACAGUGAGGAGAGAACUGAGAGUGUUUUUCCAUGCCUGGAGUACUUAAGUAUUCAUUAUUCAUGGAGUUUGACGAGCAUUUGGAAGGGUGUUGUCCCAAAAGGAAGCUUUUCAGCUUUACGAGCUCUGUCUUUGUAUGCAUGCCCAAAGUUGACUUAUGUUUUCAAAAGCUCAAUGCUGCAAUUCAUUUCCAACUUAGAAAAGUUGCUGGUUGAUGACUGUGAAGCAAUCGAAAAGAUCAUUUCUGCGGAAGAGGUCACUGAAUCUUGUUGUAUUUCACUCAAAAGUUUAACACUUCAGUAUCUUCCUAAAUUGGUUCAUAUUUGGGAAGAUGCUCAGACUAGGCUCUUGUUUGAAUACAUUAGUGUGUACGAUUGCCCUCAGUUGAAGCAGAUUUGUAAAGACUCGGAGUUGAAACAGACUCUGAAAGAAAAUUAG